AUGGAAUUUGAUCCAGAAACAAAAAGGAUUGGCCCGGUUUCAAGGAAAAUGAUAGAUGCUCUCAUAAAUAUGUUUGAGCAGAGAGGUUUCUUUCCAAAGGUAGCAGAAGAGUUACAUUCUUUAUGUGAACAACAAGGUCAACUCGAUGAUGUUAUAUUUGAAGAAAGGCCGCUUUUUAAGGGUACAAAAACCAAUAAACUUGGACAAGUGGCAAUAGAUGAUACAAUAAGAAUAUUCAAUAACCUCAAAACCAGUUUGAAUGAAAUUUUAGGAGUAGAUUCCGAAGAAUAUGAUAAGAUGGUACAGGCCAUGGUCAAAGAAAUGAAUGAAUAUAAUAGCUACGUCCGUACU